AUGCACCUAGUAUUACAACAAAUAUACAACCGAAUAAGGAUAAGAAACCACGAAAGAAAUCACGAAAGAAACUACGAAACAAACCACAAAAAACGGAAUCUUACGUAAAGCGCACACAUGCUCGUAUUGCAUGCCAUCCGUGUCGCAAAGCACGUAUAAGGUGUAGGAAAAAAAAAGAGGGAUCUAGUUCUUGCAAUAGGUGUAUUGAAGAGAAUAAGUCAUGUAUUUUUGAUGAAAAACCGGGAAAAAGAGGCCGCAAACUUUGUGGCAAAAAUAGGCCUAAGGAAGACAAAACAGAAAACCGUGAUAUCAAUUCUGCUGAUAAUACUGUCGAGGUUAUUAAACAAUGUCGCCGUGGAAACAAUAAAGUAGUGGCUGAUAAUCUUAAUUUAGAAGGUACUUUUAGUAUUUUGAGUCCAAAAACACAAGUUAAUGUUGUUGACACUUGUUUCAAGCAUAAUAUGAAAGAAGAAUCAACUAAACUACAAAUUAAUGAUCCAUCAAAUUCGGAUCUUUACAACAUCUGUGGUAAUCAAACUGAUAUUAGUGAAAAUUCGGUCAAAUCUUCUACAAGCAUACUGGAAACUAAAAAUGUAGAUGAAAAUGAAAGAACUUGUGUAGCAACCGCUUGUUCUCGUUGUAAGAGAGGUCAUAUAAAAUGCGACAACCAAAAGCCUUCAUGCCAUAACUGUGAAGAAAAUGGUUACGAUUGUUUUCGUAUUCCGCCGAAAGUUUCGUGUGGCCGUCCCCAAGAUACGCUUAAUGGACAGGGGAAAUCCCUCAAAAAAAAUACAAACAAUGGAGCUAAGAAAACUAGAAAACCUAGAAAAAAACCAUUGAUAAAAUCCAAUGAUGUCAAAAAAGAAUUACUCAAUCAUGAAAGUGUUGGUAUUGACGGAAAUAAUAAUAAUGAUCCAUCAACUUUGG